AUGUCAACCUACUACUCGCCAACAUGGACUCACAUUCCGGACAAUUUAUCCAUCUCUCAACUGAUGGCAUCUGGUGUCGGGAAUAUCUCCCCACAUAAGACAAUCUAUGAAGAAGCCAUCACCGGAAAGACGGUCGCAUAUGAGCCCUUUCGUUGUCAAGUUCGUCAAACUGCGUAUCAUCUGCGCCAUGCUCUGUCUCUACAGCCCGGAGAUAUUGUAUCAAUCAUUGCUUCCAGCUGCAUCGAUUAUAUCCUCACAGCACAGGCAGUUUGGUGGGCAGGCGGCAUUGUAAGCCCAAUCAAUAACAGUCUACACCCCGACGAGAUUUCUCAUGCACUCGAUCUCAUCAAACCUCGGUUUGUGGUGGUUGACGAAACCGUCUACGACAAGCUUCCAAAAGCCUUAGAGAAAAACAAUACCUCUUUCGCUAUAUACACGAUUGGAAAUCUACCCAAUACUGAAUGGCCACUACUGCCACUCAAUCAAUCUUCAUAUACCAGCGGAGACCUCGAGCUACACACGCCCAUCACCAUCGCUGGCUUCAAUUCCAAGGCUACAUGCGCUGCAAUCCUUCUGUCGAGCGGGACAACUGGCGCUCCUAAGGCAGUAAUGCUGUCACACUAUAAUCUCGUGGCAGCAUGCUUCCAGCUUCGGACCGAUAACCCACAAAAUUGGCGUGGCUCACAGCGAGAGAUAUUUUUCCCGCCACUUUCUCAUGUUUAUGCGCUCUAUGUGUGCUUUACUAUGAAUCUCUGGCUGGGUGCUUAUGUCUGUCUUAUGCCUCGCUUUGACGUGAGACUAUAUUGCCGCUUGUUGCAAGAUCGAUCGGCUACACUUGCACGAAUUGUACCAGCCGUGGCUAGAGUUCUGGCCGAGAGCCCUGUUGUUAGGGAAUAUCGAUACCCGGACUUGGAGUACUUUAGCUGCGCUGCUGCCCCGUUGCAUGAAGAAACAGCUGCGAAGCUUCGAAAGGUGUUUCCUGGCGUUGCAUUGUGUCAAACUUAUGGAUGCACCGAAUUGACUGGUCCAUGUGUCCAGAGCGGUGUACGAGACAAGGAUCUUCCGCUAUCUGCCUCGGGUGCGGUGAUUUCAAAUACCGAGAUACGUUUCCUCGAUCCAGAUGGCAAGGAUGUUGGAUCUCGAGGUCCAGGAGAGAUUGUCUGUCGAGCGCCAAAUGUUAUGAUGGCCUACAUGCAUAAUGUAAAAGAGACCGCCGAAACAAUUUUGGAAGGCGGAUGGCUUCGUACCGGUGAUCUAGGUUACCUAGAUUCCAAAGGGUAUCUUUAUAUCUAUGGUCGGCUCAAGGAAUUGAUCAAGUUUCAAGUUGCACCAGCCGAGUUGGAGAACAUUAUAAUUCAACAUCCACUGGUUGAAGAGGCAGCAGUCAUUGGUAUCUGGUCUGCCAGCCAAGACACCGAGCUUCCACGCGCGUAUGUAGUACUUAAGGAAGAUAGUCGUAGAUGUUCCAACGCAGCAGUCCUACAGGAGAUCUCCAAUUUCGUGUCUGACAAAGUAUCAAAUUACAAAAGGUUGAGGGGCGGAGUGGUAGCUAUCGAUGCAUUGCCAAGAAAUACUACAGGGAAAGUCUUGAAGAAGGUGUUAAAAAACAAGGCUGCAAACAGUGACAAAGAGAGAGUUUUGGGGCCCAAACUAUAA